AAUUAUUAAUUAUUACUUUUAUAUUUGUACAGGAUAUGAUAAAAAAUAAUAUGAUUUUGCCAUAUCAAGAGUUAAAAAAUGCUCGUAAGGAAAUAAAAGAAUUACUUCAAAGUGUUGGAUUUAAAGUUCAUCAUUGUAGUCUUCGAGACUGGUGUUAUUCCGAUGGAAAACCACAACAUCGACAAUUUUUGAAUUCGAUAAUAUCCAUCUCGCAAUUUUUUGAAAACAUGCCACACGGUUUGAUGGAAGAAUGCAAGAAUGUAAUUACAUAUGAAUAUAUGAGAAGAAAGAUUGACUAUAAAUCGAUACAUAAUGAUCAAGAAUUUUUAUUAGACAUAUCUAAAAUAUUAGUAGUUUAUGCACAAAAGAUUGUAACAAAUAUUUAAA